CUGUAUCAAUAAAUUUGACGGACAUUUGUCACAUGAAUUGCUUGUUGCUAUACUACAUUUCCCAGAAUUCAUUAUCAAGACUCGCCAGCGGGUGAUUUUCUUCCUGGAUACAUGUCAAGUGCCAAAAUAAACAAUUACCUCGAGAGAAAAGAACUUUUACUGUCAGAUUACCUGCUAUCGAGAUAUGUACUUUAACGUUAUAGUGUACGGUAUUUUAUUCAUACAAUCUCUUGUUCAUUCUCGCCAACGAAGCAGUGGUGUUAACCCUUUAAACAACUCUUGUAGCUAACGUUUAGCUAUCUACCAAGUUAGCUACUUAGCGUUAGCUAACCCGAGCUUAAUUUUGUAAUUGCUUAGGUAAAGUUACAUCUAACUAACCUAGGUUAGAUAGCUACGUGUAUAGGUUUCUCAAAUCAUUAGCUAGCGAACCAACGCAAAGAUUUAAAGUAAAGCGAAGCAAUGUAAAAAUAUUUCUUGGGUCAGCUAUUUAGCAAGUAAUCAGUCCAUGAAUUUAUUAUUCUUUGCUCUUUAGAAGAUUAUCUCAGUUUAAAUGCUUGGUAGUAAGAUAUCUAGCUAACUAAAUCUUUUGACAUUUCCGCAAUCUAACUGCUGAGAUUGCACCGACGGUGAUGUGAGACCCAGCUAGCUUGAUUUGAAAGUACACACGAAUAAGUGCACCCUCUCGAAGACGACCUGUUUCUUCAUUUGUAAUCAUCUUGAUUGCAUUUACAUCACAAAUGGGAUUAUUUCAAUGAAUCCGUCGGACACAUUCAGGGAACAUAAGUCUAGGCUCUGAUAUAACCUAGCUAGCUCUGGUAGUACGCACAUACGAGUAUGCAAACUAGGCAUCACCACAAUCAGACGGAAGAUAACUGCCGUGAAAAUAAUUUCCCUGUUCACAUCCAAAUACUGGAUAUUCCCACUCAGCCCUUGACGAUGCCAGUUUCAACGAAUCUACCCCACUUGACUACCAAACUCUCCCUGAUGAGUCUUUGUCUUUCCACAGCACUGUGUGUGGGGAGAGUGGCUAAGGCAUUGGAACCUGGUCACUUGCCCUUCAGGAUGGAGGACUUCAGGAGGACAUAUCUUCGCCUGUGCAAAGAGGCAGGCACAGAGCCUCAGGAGUCACUCCUGGCACAGCUCUACGAGACCCGGGCUGCUGCCAGCGGUGCCAGGCUGGACCUGACUGGCCAGAGUCUGAUGGUGGAGUCCUGCUGUGUGCUUGGCCGGGCACUGCAGAAAGACAUUCUUUUCACUGAGCUUGUGCUCAGUGACUGCAUGCUCAGUGAGGAAGGUGCCAAACUUCUUCUAAGCGGGCUGUGUUCCAACACCAUGGUAAAAGUAUUGGAUCUUAAGGGAAACAAUUUAAGAGGAGCAGGAGCUGAGACUUUGGGGAAGUUGUUGGUGAGGAACAAGACAUUAAAAAGGCUUGUUUUGGAGUGGAAUGCUCUAGGGAUGUGGGAAGAGGGUUUUUCCAUAUUUUGUGAGGGUCUUGCUUCCAGUAGUUCUCUUAUUCUACUUGAUCUACGCAACAACCAAAUCAACCACCAGGGGGCAGCAGAGCUUGCACAGGCUCUCAAAAGGAAUUCUGUUCUCCAAGAGCUUGAUUUGCGGUGGAAUAACAUUGGUCUGCUAGGCAGUCGCUCCUUGCUGGAUGCCUUGCAGCAGAACCGCACUCUUCUCCAUCUUGAGAUGGCUGGCAACAACAUCCCUGGCGACAUCCUCAAAGCCAUUGAGCAGUCUAUGGACCACAAUGCAGAUAGGCAGUCCACUCUGCAAGAGAGCCGCACCAGGGCUCAGGUGCUCACCAAGGAGAUCCAGAUCCUCAAAGAGGAAAAGAGUCGGCAAUUCUUAGGUUUGAUGGAGACCAUCGAUAAACAGAGAGAUGAAAUGGGUAGGAGCAGUAGGAAUUCAACGGUCUUGCUGGAAAAGCUACAGGAGGCACUUAGUGAGCGGAAAUCAGCUGUGAAUUCGCUCACAGCCAAGCUGCAGAUGACCGAAGCAGCUCUGCUUCUGUCUGAGCAAAAAGUCAGUAACCUGGGCGAGCUACUGACCAGGGUGAAGCUAGAGAAGACGGAACUCACGGACAGGCAGUCCCGAGAGAUGAAGAAACAGUUAGAGGAGAGUGCUCAGCGUGAGGGGAAGCUGUUGAGAGAGGUGGACAGUCUCUCGGAGAAGAACCACCAACUGAAGAACAAGUUAGAGGAGAGUGAGCGGCGCUGCAAAGCUCAGCAAGAUCAGAUCUUCAGUCUAAAGCAGGAACUCACAAACUCCACUGCGGAACUAAAAUUACGGCUGGCCCAAGCUGAAGAGCGCUUGGACAUGGAGAAAAGACGAUCCAAACAAGCAUUUGAAGACAUGGACAGUUUGCGGCAGAAAGAGGUAGAUCAUGUCAACAGGCAUAUGGAGGAGAGUGAGAGAGCCCUGCAAGACCGUAUUCUCAAAUUGGAGGGCCAGCGAAUCCGGUUGGACGAGGAGCUGAGCCAAGUGAAGGCUGCUAUGGUGACAGAGAGGAUACAGGCGGAAGAGGAGCUGGGGAAAACGCGCGCACAGGUUCGUCUGGAGGAGCAGGAGCGUCUAAGCGGCCUGGAAGAGAAACUACGGAGUGCUCGGCAGGCGCGGGACGAGGCGCAGGGCCACUGCACCCAGCAGAAGCAAACCGUCGCCGAGCUGCACGCCCGUGCUGCCCAGCAGAGCUUGGAGAUGGACGCCCUGCGCCGCAGAAUCGAUGAGAUGCAGCAGGAUUUGGUGGGGAAGGAGCAAGAGAAGAUGGCAGAGGUGACACGGGUCAGGGUGGAGCUGCAGGAACAGACAGGCCACCUGCAGGCAGAGAGGACAGCCCAGUGUGGCCUCAAGGAGAAGAUUGCUGCUCUGGAGAGAGAGAUGAAGGCCCUCGGCACCAGCCACCGUGAGGCUCUUCUAGACAAAGAGAGCGAACUGUCGUCCCUGCAGGAACGUCUGCGUCUGCGGGAGGGUGAGAUCCAGCGCAUGCGAGAGAACGAGGCUCAGAGGGCCAGCUUCCUUCAGAAUGCCAUACUCACCUAUGUCCAGGGCUCCCCUCUCGCACAUUAUAGCCCCAGAAAAUGAGCCCUCUUCCCCCAGUGACCAGGGCUAGGAAGAGACCUCCAGACAAUGACUUUUAUGCACAAACAAGUUUACAAUAUUUCAUUCCUUUUAUUGUAAGUUGACAUUGACUCAUCUGCUCAAUACAUUUAUUAUUCCUGUCUGUUUUUUGCAAUGUUUUUAAUUCGGAGAUUCCAUUUGCUAAAACGAUGUUUGAAGUGUCCUGAAUUCUGAAAAUUUAUUUUUUGCCACAAUAUAAUAUAUAAUGUUGAGAUGGCUUUGUAUAUAUACACACGUGUGGUAUUGUGUGACACUGAACAGUCCCUUACACAUGAAUAAAUGUUUUUCUACAAGUCAGUCACUUGAAGCCAAUGAUAGUGGUUGGUCUGUCAGCAUAUGCUUCAUCUGAACAUAUUUAUGUCAAAGCUGGCAGGAACCUUGACCUCUGUACUUGCAGCUGGCAUUCAAUAUCAAAACAUGCAUUGACUGUUCUCUAUAGAUUUGAUUUUCGAGUGUUUUGUAUUUGAUCAUUUUAUUUUCUGGUUGUUUUAUAAACCUUUUGUAAAAUAA